AUGAUUGUGAAUCUGUUCAUUAUCAGAACCCGAAAAUUGUUGCAGGCUGUAUCGUUCAAUGGGAAGAGAAAAUUCUUCUCUGCCGAAGAGCGAUUGAACCGAGAAUGGGAUUAUGGACGAUACCGGCCGGAUUCAUGGAGCUUGGCGAGACGAUCAACGAUGCAGCCACGCGAGAAACGCUUGAGGAGGCACAGGCAGUUGCACAAAUCGAUGAAUUGUUUGCCAUAUAUAACAUUCCCCAUGUCAGUCAGGUAUACGUCAUUUUUCGUGCACAGCUGGAGACGCCAGACUUUUCGCCAGGGGAAGAAAGUCUUGAGGCAAGACUAUUCGCAGAAGAUGAAAUUCCCUGGGACGAAUUGGCUUUUCAGGUUGUGCGUGAGAGUUUGCUGCAAUAUUUUGAAUGCCGCAGGGUAA